AUGAUUUUCCUUUUUCUCUUAUGUCUAACAAAGAUGUAUUGUUAGCUUAAUUCUUAAUGGACUAAUAUCUAUAAUGGAGUUUACGAAGCUAAGAAUAUUUAUUGUACUAAUAUUAAUUGCAUUUAUGGUUUCAAAAACUUUUUAACAAAUAGUCCAGCCAAAUUUGUAAAUUGUUCAAGUUCACCAUAAACUGCAAUCGUUUUAGACAACCUAUAAAUAUCUGUCAUUUAAAAUACAACAACAUUAAGCCCUUAAGCACCUAAUGCGUAUAAAUUAUUGCUAUUUGAUGUCUAUUUCACAUCUUAAUGGGUAGAUGACGCCAUAGAAAUCCUUUAUGAUAAUCAUUUAUUUCAAGUCAGAUAUACAACAUUAGAUCCUUUAUAAUUUUCAGAGGGGUUGUGUGAUUCAAUUUAAUUCGAAAUUAAAACAUUUUAUCUAAUCUUACCUUACACAUCAAAUAAUUCAACUUAUCCUGUUUUUUACAUACUUAACUCAAUAAAUCAAGCGUUAAUUCGAAAUGUGCAUGUUGGCUAUUUAUCAUGCUAUCCAAAAUGCUUAUAAUGCAAUGGACCAAACUUGAUAGAUUGUUAAGCUUGGGAUGUAAUAUUUAGUAGAUGUUCAAUUAGAUAAAGUAGGUUGUCUAAUGGGGUUUGCAUAGAAUAAUGCCCUAUUCAAAACUCAAUAGUCAAGUCGUAAAAUCGGAUUUGUGUUGGCUUCAAACAUACAUAAUUUUUUUAGUCUAAUUUAGUUAAUUUAGAUUUGUCUACACUAUUAAAUUGGAAUAUAUUAUAUGAUCCAUAGCAUAUUGAUGUUUCAAACAAAAAAGUUUCCCCUUACAAUUAUGGAGUAUUUCACUUUAGAGAAGGGACUUACAUUUCUUUAGACAUAAAUAAUGGAUUUUAUACUUUUGGAGUGCAAGUUCAACUAAUUUAUUGUAAUACUACUCCAGCAGGAUCAGGUGUGUCUUUUUAUAUUAAUUCUACUUAUUAUGGUUCAACUUAUUAUGAUGGAACCCAAUUCCAAUAUCAUAAUGUAAAUUUAAGAGAUUUUAAGUCGCAUCCAAAUACAGGGAGUUGUACAAAUAAUAUUUUUAUUGAACUUGAUAUGUUUUUAAACAUUUUAGAUAAGAAAUUUAUUUUUGUAAUCCAAGGAAACUUUACGUAUUCAAAUUUAUAUUAAAUAGUCAACCUAAUGCAGGGUGGUUUUUAAGAUUAUUCACACUUACAUCUGGUUUUUGUCCUCUUAAUUGUAUACUUUGUAAUAAAAGAUAUAUGUGUCAAACUUGUGCAAGUGGAUUCUACAAAGUUUCAGAUGGCACUUGUUCCUAAUCUAAUUGUCCUGUAAAUUCCCUUUUAAUCAAUUCUAUUUGUACAUAUUAUGAUUAAGUAACUAAAUGUAAUAUUAAAUCUUAUCUAAUAUAGAUUCCAAAUAUUUGAUUAAAGAAUUCUAUGAUUUCACAGUAAAAGAUACUUUAAAUGCAACUUUUGUAUUAGAAUAAAAUUCUUUAAUGGAUUUAAAAAAAGGAUUAGAUAUUUUUUGGUCUUAUCUUCCUAAUAAAAUUAUUUUUGGUGGAAAAUUUGUUUGGGCAUAAUCAAGAUUUUCCCAGAUAUAUACUUUAAAUCCACAUCAUUCUUUAACAAUAUAUUUUUAGAUUAUUUUUGGUCCAAAUUUUCCGAAUUCCCCUCUAAAUUAUUUUUCAUAUGAAAUCAAUAAUGGUACUGAAAACAGAGUUUUAUAUUCAGUUAAUCCAGUUUAAAUUAUAGAAUAGGUCUUAACCUAUAAUCCUACUUUAACAAUUGCAAUAUAAUGUUAUGGUGUUAAUGUUAUUGAUUCCUAUUGUGGAUUAUCAAACUACUAUAUUGUUGUUCAUUACUGUAAACCAUAUUGCAAUUAAUGUUCAAAUGAAUUGACAUGUGAUGUUUGGAUGGCUUAUGAUUCAAGCAUAGUAAAAGUAGAAUAAUCAUAAUGUUUAUCAAAUUAGUUUCUAGAUGAUACUACUUCUACAUGUGAAAAUUGUCCUAAUGAAUGUCUUACUUGUUUAAAUGAAUAUGAUUGUUAAACAUGUAAGCCUAACUAUAGAUUAGUAACUACAACUUGUAUUUUAAAUUGUCAACUUAAUUAAUACUAUGAUGGCACUAAUUGUUUAGAUUGCAAUUAUACUUGUAAAUAAUGUUAAUCAAGUAGCUAUUGUAUACAUUGUGAAUCUACAUCUUUAAGAUAUUUAGAAAAUGGAUAAUGUUUAUGUUUUGAUGGUUAUUAUGACUAAAAUAAUAUAGAACAAUGUUAACCAUGUGAUAAACUUUGUAGCAAAUGCAAUGGUCCUACUAAUAAGAAUUGUUAAGCAUGCAUAGUUUUAGUUAAUUUAAUAUUAAAUGAAAAUACUUGUGAAUGUAAUAAUGGAUAUUACUUUGAUGAAUUUUAAUUGUAAUGUUUAUCUUGUUCAAUGAAAUGUGAAAAGUGUUUUGAAUAAUCAGAUUCAUCUUGUUUAGCUUGUCAUUCAACACAAUUUAGAAUUUUGGAUGGAUUCGAUUGUAAAUGUCAAUUAGGAUAUUAUGAUAAUAGUUAAGAUUCUUGUAUAUAAUGUCCAGCUGUGGAAGAUGCAUUAUUUACAUCUUGUUAUAAGAUUUGUGGUGAUGGUAUUUCCAUUUGGCAUGAUAAUAAUUGUGCAGUUUUUGUUUGUCCAUCUGGUUAUGACAAUAUAAAUAAUUAAUGUUUACCUAUUUGCGGAGAUUUAUAAGUUGUAUUUGAGGAACAAUGUGAUGAUGGAAAUUUAAUCUAAUUUGAUGGAUGUCAUAAUUGUAGAUUUUAAUGUCCUGCUUAAUGUACUGUUUGUGAUGCUACUACUGUAUUACCUUGUAUAGAUAUUUGUGGUGAUGGCAUUGUUAGUGGAUUAGAAGAAUGUGAUGAUUCAAAUACCAUUUAAUUUGAUGGAUGCUAUUAAUGUAAAAUUGAAUGUUAACCAUAAUGUACAAGAUGUAACAAAGGAUAUUGCAGUGAUUGUCUUACUUUUGGAUGGGUUUUAGAUCCUUAUACAAAACUAUGUAUUGAAUCAUGUGGAGAUAAAUAUUAUGUUGGAAAUGAAUAAUGUGAAGACUUUAACACCCUAAUGUUAGAUGGAUGUUAUAAUUGUCGAUUAUCAUGUUAAUAAUCCUGUUUAACAUGCACAACUAUUGGGUGUACUUCAUGUAAAGUUGGUUUUAAACUUAUAAAUCGUUAUUGUAGGAACAUUUGUGGAGAUUCAAUGAUUGUAGAAGGUGAGGAUUGUGAUGAUGGCAAUUAAUAUCCAUUUGAUGGAUGUCAUUAAUGUGUUUAUUAAUGUUAAUCAGAAUGUUUGGAAUGUCUUAAUGGAAUUUGCUUAUUUUGUAUUGAUGGAUUUGAAGCUUUUAAUGGUGAAUGUGUGGAUGUUAGGUAAAUUCCAAUAAUACCUUUUUAAGAAUAAUAUAAAUAAAAUAUAAUUGAAUUUUGUAAAAUAACAAUUUAAGGAAUCUGUUAAGAAUGCCAAUAAGGAUAUUUAUUAAAUGAUCUUUAAAAUAUUUGUGAAUUUUAGAAAAAAAAUGAAAUACUUAAAAUUUAAAUUAUGGAUGUUUUACCUUAAUUAAUUUAAUAUUGUUAAAUUUAGAUAAAUAAUUAGUGCAUAAUUUGUUAUAAGAAUUUUAAAUUAGAUAUAUUUACUAAUAAAUGUGAACCAAUUUGUGGAGAUGGGAUAAUAUCUGGAACAGAAGAAUGUGAAGAUAAUAAUUAUUUGGUACUUGAUGGAUGUUAUUAAUGCAAGUAUUAAUGUAGUGAAACCUGUGAAAUAUGUGAGUUUGGAAAAUGUAUUCUCUGUUAAAUUAACACAAUUAUUGCUCCAACUACUUUUUAAUGUGAAUAUCUAUAAUAAUGCACUUAACCUGGAAGUUAUUAUAAUCAAGAGACUAAUUAAUGUUAUAGUAUUUGUGGAGAUGGCUUUGUAUAUUUGAACGAGGAGUGCGAUGAUGGCAAUGAUAUUGAAUAUGAUGGAUGCCAUAAAUGUUACUAUUCAUGUCAACCAGGUUGUAAAUGCAUUAAAGGUGAAUGUUAUAGAGAGCAAAUUAGUUGUGAAAAUGGAUUAUAUUAUUCAUUUACAAGUUUAUCUUGUAAACCAUUAUGCGGUGAUGGAAUAACUAUAUAACCUUUUGAAGAAUGCGAUGAUGGUAAUGAAAUUUCUGAUGAUGAAUGUAAUUUAUGCAAAUUAUAAUGUGGUGUUAAUUGUUAAACAUGUUCGCCUUAAAAUUAUUGUCUUUAAUGCAAAGAAGGUUAUGAAUUAUUUGAUUAUAAAUGCUAUUAAUAUAAUAAUUCUAAUUGUAAUAUUAAAAAUUGUGAAUUUUGUGAAAUUAAUGAAUGUUUGACUUGCUUUAUUGGAUAUUAAUUAUUUGAUAAUAUGUGCUUUUCUUAAUGUGGAGAUGGAGUUUUGAUUGAUCUAGAAUAAUGCGAUGAUGGUAAUCUAAUAAAUGGAGAUGGUUGUGAUGAUGAUUGUACAUAAUCAGAAAAUAGUAUAUGUAGAGACAAUGAAUGUGCUAUUUUAAGUUCUUCAUUUCCAAUAUUAGAAUUUGAAAGAGAACAAUAAGGGAUAUAAUUUAUCAGACUUAAAUACACUUCUAAAAUGUAAUUAAUAGCCGGAGUAACUGAAUAAGAUUAUUUUGAUAGUUUAAAAUUUGAGAUUUAAAAUUAGACAGAUUUAGCAUUGAUUUAAAUUAUAGCAAAAACAAAUAUUACAUAAGAACUUUAAUUUGUAGAUAUUUAAGUAUCUGUUGAAUAUAUUAAAUAUGUUUAAAAUCCUAUUCUUUUAUUAAGAUUUGUUGAUAAAGGCAUUUUAGUUAAUUAGGAUGGAGCUGGGAUAUCAUAAGAUUCAAUAAGUAUAAGACUAUCUUCAUCAAAUGUUUUAAGAGAUUAAGAAUAAAAGGUUAUGACAUCUUUGAUUGGACUUAAUGAUUACAUAAUCAAAAUUGUGGCAAUGACUAUUGCUAUAUCAUCUAUAUCUGGAUAAGGAGAAAUUAUUUCCAAUUUAUUAGAUACUAUUUAAUAACUUUAUUAUUUGAAAUACAUAAAUUCAAGAAUUGGAGUAAACCUACAAAGAUUUUAUGAGACAUUUAAAAUUAUACAAUUGACCAAUUUUUUUGAUUUUCUUGGAAUGAAUCCUAAUGGUUCAAUGAAGGAUAUUGUAUCUUUUUAUCAUUCUAAACCUAUUUUUGAAAUGGAUGACAGGAAUGCAAAUUAUUUAAAUAAUUUUGCAUAAUUAUUUUUAGUUUAUGCUAUAUUUUUUCUUGCAUAUUUUUGUUUAAAAAAAGUAACAUUUUUAAUCUUAAAAAAAAUUCAUUAAUUGACAUGUUUUUAAUCUAAUCAAAUGUUAUUACUUAUAGUAAAUUCAAUAUAAAAACUUUGUCUAAGAAUUUAAAUAAUCAGCAUAAUUGAACCAAUUUAAGCUAUAUUUUUAGCAAUGAUUUAUGAAUUUGGUUUAAAUACAUUUUUAGCCUUAAGAUUUCAAAAAUCUGAUUUUGAAGGUAAAUUAGGUGUUUCUAUUGCGAUUUCAAUCCUAUAUGGAGUUAUAUUACUAUUGAUAUAAAGAUCUUCAUUUAGCAUCCCAUUAGUUAAAAAACAAUAAAUAUAAUCAUAGAAGAGUAACAGUUUUACUUAUUUGUGUAUGCAAAAAAUGUUAUUUAUUUCAUUUUUAAUUUUCUUUUUUGAAUCCUCAUAAAUACAAAUAUUGUUAUGCCUUUUAAAUGAAUUCCAAUUUAUAUACUUUCUGUAUAUUCGAAAAAUCCUAAUGCUACCUUCAGAAAAUAUUAAAUAAUUAGCAUCUCAUUUUUUAUAAUUUAUUAUUUUGGGGAUGUACUUAGUAAAUGAUUUUUACCAAGAUUAACCAGAUGUUUUAAUAAUCAUAGGUUGGAUUAUUAUCAGUUUAAUGAGCACUAUACUAUUUAUGACUUUAAUAAUUGAUCUAAUUAAAAUUGUUCAUCCAAUUUGGUAAAAAUGCAAAACCUCAAAGACAUCUGAACAUCAUGAUCUUAAAUAAGAAAUCUUUUGUAUAGUUGAGAACCCUUGCAAUGCUUAAAGGAAAUUAACGAAAUGA